AACCUUUAGACGCAACCCCCAGGUGUUUUUGCAGAUCUAACACGUCUCAACUAAAGUAAAAGUUUUUUCUCUGUAUUCGUUCGUACACCACUUACUCUUUCUCCUCUUCAAUAAUCUGAUCAUGAAAUCAUCAUAUAUGAUUUAAAGCACCCACCACCCUCAUCUCUCAUUCCUCUAAAACCCACGCACACCCACCCAAAAUGAAUCAUUUCCCAUUGUUCUAAAUGAGCUUUAAGUUGAAGUACUGAGAGAGAAAUAAGUUCUGGGUACUCGGUGUUUUCGUUAUUCGGUGAUCUCUCUGAGUCCUUGGCUAUAUAUUGUCAAUCAUUAAUGUCUGAUUAGCUUCCCUAAUACAGGGACUCAAUCCCUUCUCUUCACCUAGGUGUAGUACUAUAGUAUUAGUAUAGAAAUGAAACCAUAAAGAUUACGUCUGUUUUCACCGUACGUAUUUUAACGCUAGCUCCGAAACAAAACGUUUUUUUCUCCUUCAAAGUCCAGUUUUGAGUGUUUGAAGAAUUAAAUAGCUUCAGUUUGUUUAGAUAUAUUGUUGGGUUUGUAGUAGUUUAAGAGUUUCACGCGGAGUUUGUUAGAGAGAAAGAGAUCAUGGGGAACUGUCAGGCGGCGGAGGCGGCGACGGUGGUGAUCCAACACCCAGGGAACAAGAUCGAGAGGAUUUACUGGUCGGUGAGUGCCCAGGAGAUCAUGACCUCGAACCCAGGCCACUACGUGGCACUUGUGGUGACCUCUCCGACUUUGAAGUCAGAGAAUGGGACGCCAUUGAAGCAGCUCAAGCUUCUCCGACCAGACGAUACCUUGCUCAUCGGACACGUUUAUCGUUUAAUCAGCUUCGAAGAUGUGUUGAAGGAGUUUGCUGCAAAGAAGUGUGUGAAACUGGGCAAAUUGCUUGAGAGAGGAGGACUUGGGCUUGGCGCUGAGUUGAGGAAAAAAGGCUCGGGUUGUUCGAAUCCAAAUCCGAAUCCCAAAUCUGAUAAUAAGAUGGAGCAGGAGAUUCACCAUGAUCUGGGAAGCAACGAUGGCAGCUCCAGCAGCAGCACUGGUAGAAGCGUGGGUAGGCACUAUGGUGGUGGUGGUGGUGGUGGUGGGCAAUGGAGGCCAGCCUUACACAGCAUUGCAGAGAUUGGGACUUGAACGCACUAACCCAACCAAGCCCUUCACUUUCCACUGCUUUUAUAUUCUCUGUCACCAAUAAAACAAGAAGCAACCAUGCAUCCUUUCACAACUUUUAUUAUAUUCUCUCCUCCUUUUUCAGAAAGACAUGUUUUCUGUUUCUGCUAGACCUUGCUAGGGUUUUGUGGUAGAUGUACCUCGUAAAAGUUGGACAAGUACGUAUAAUACUCUGAAGACUAGAUUAACCCCUCUGCUUAGAAUGUAAUUAAUUAGCUUUCCAUUAAAAUUGUGGGUUGGAUAUUUGUCGCUUGUA